UACGCUCUAGAACACCCUAUUCCAAGCUGAAAAAGAAUCGAACACCAAAAAUAUAUACAAGAAAGGAAUCACGUACACAGAGAUGCCACUUUUUUCUCCCAAAUUUUCUCGCUCUCCAAACAACCCUUACGCCAUCCUGUUCCCCUCCACUCUCCUCCCGAACAUAAGAUCAAUUCCCACCAUGUCACUUUCCUCGUCAUCACCUUCAACUUUACCGCACCAACAAGAUUCAAACGAAGCUCAAGUUCUGAAAUACCACAACCAGACCAAACACUCCUUUACCAACUACGCUAGAGGCCCUCGGGGACUCGACUGGGCCAAUCAGCCCAAACCCUUUCGCCGAUUCGAUUCAGCCCCACUCGUUCCUCUCCUCCACCCUCCGCCGCCUAACCAAACGCCUCCGCCUUACUCGUCCGUCUUCCUCAAUCUUCCUCCUCCCAAACCCAUUUCCAAGUCCACCAUUUCUCAGCUCUUCUUCGAUUCUCUAGCCAUUUCAGCUUGGAAGACUACUGGGUUCUCCACCUGGUCGCUCCGUGUUAACCCCAGCAGCGGCAAUCUCCAUCCCACCGAGUCUUACAUCAUUGCCCCGGCUAUUGAGUCGGUGUCUGACUCGGCUUUCGUGGCUCAUUAUGCACCGAAAGAGCAUUCUUUGGAGGUCAGAGCCGAAAUUUCAUCCGGGUUCUUGCCCAAGUUUUUCCCCAAGGGCUCGUUUCUCAUUGGAUUUUCGUCGAUUUUUUGGAGAGAGGCUUGGAAGUACGGGGAACGGGCGUUUCGGUAUUGUAAUCACGACGUGGGUCAUGCCAUUGCCGCGGUGUCGAUGGCCGCGGCGGAGCUUGGUUGGGAUGUGAAGGUUCUUGAUGGUUUGGGGUAUGAGGAUUUGAAGAAGCUAAUGGGCCUCGAAAUUUUACCGGAAUUUGAAAUUCCGGCACGGCCGGUGAAAGGAAAGUUUCCGGUGAUUGAAUUUGAGCACCCGGAUUGUGUGCUUGUUGUUUUUCCUAAUGGGGUUGGUGAGUUUAAUGUGAAUUACAGAGAAUUGAGCAUGGCAAUAUCUCGAUUUUCGGAACUGAAGUGGAAAGGGAAGCCUAAUGUGCUUAGCAGAGAGCAUAUUUGUUGGGAUAUAAUCUAUAGAACCGCAGAGGCUGUGAAAAAGCCAUUAAUGAUAGAACAUAAAUUCUCAAUCGAUCCAUUUCAUAGCAGUGGGCUCUUUAAUGAAAGUUCCUAUAAGAAUUUAACAGUAAGUGAGGUUGUUAGGAAGCGGAGGAGCGCAGUUGAUAUGGAUGGUGUUCAUGUAAUGCAGAGAGAUACGUUUUAUCAGAUACUGUUACAUUGUCUUCCCUCAGGUUCUCAAAAUGGGGGAAAGCAAGGGAGACAAUUGGGGUUGCCAUUUCGGGUUCUUUCUUGGGACUCUGAAGUUCAUGCUGUUUUAUUUGUUCAUAAGGUUGCAGGACUGCCAAGUGGUUUGUAUUUCUUGGUGAGGAAUGAAGAUCAUUUUGAUGAUCUUAAGAAAGCGACGAGAUCUAAUUUCAAGUGGGCAAAACCUGAGGGUUGUCCUGAUGAUCUCCCUCUGUAUGAACUCACUAUAGGUGAUUUUCAGGAGCUGGCCAAAAGGAUAUCAUGUCAUCAGGACAUUGCCGGUGAUGGCUGCUUCAGCCUUGGUAUGGUGGCUCAUUUUGAGGGUACCUUGCAGAACAAGAGUGCAUGGAUGUAUCCACGCUUAUUUUGGGAAACUGGAGUUCUGGGUCAGGUGUUGUACCUUGAAGCACAUGCUGUUGGCAUAUCUGCAACUGGCAUUGGCUGCUACUUUGAUGAUGCUGUGCAUGAGCUUCUUGGACUGAGAGGAUCAAGUUUUCAGAGUCUAUAUCAUUUUACUGUAGGUGGCCCGGUUCUGGACAAGCGGAUAAUGAGCUUACCUGCAUAUCCUGGCCCUGCUGUUGAUUCAUGAUUCAUGAUUGCAGGGUCAAGCUAGUACUUGGAUAACAUUGGCAACCUGUGCUGACUUGCAUGGUGCUGGAAUAUCAACUCCACGCUAGUAGUCAAAUACCCAUUAUUAUUAUUAUUCAAGUUAUAGAAAUUGGCUGGUUGUAUUUAAGCAUCUUGUAAGACCACUGUAAAUUUGUAAUGUAAUGCUUCUAGCCCAGCAUGUUUUCUCAGAUGUAUAGCAAUUCAUUUGACUGCCUUUUGUCAAUUUACCAUUUGGGUUUAUUUUAUGGCAUUUAUGCGCAGUGCACUUUUGAAUA